AUGCGGCGCGUGAGACUCGGCGGACCCGGGACCUUCGCGGCCGCGGCCUCUUCGUUGUUUCACGUUCCGAAGCGCGACGCGGCGGAGAAAAAAGACGACGUCCUGAAAGGUCGAGGAAGAGCUCCCAGUCCUCCUUCCGAAGGAAUCGAGUUCGAGGGAGACCCUGUGAUUAUGGCCGAUACGACGCAUGCACGAAGAAGUGAAGACUCGGCUCUGAAAGACGAUCCCCUGGAAGGUCGCGGAGGUCCUAUCGACGCGGCGGAGAAAAAAGACGACGUCCUGAGAGGUCGAGGAAGAGCUCCCAGCCCUCCUUCCGAAGGAAUCGUGUUCGAAGAAGACCCCGUGAUUAUGCCAGCAAUCGAUACGACGCAUGCACGAAGAAAUGAAGGAAAUGAAGACUCGGCUCUGAAAGACGAUCCCCUGCAAGGACGCGGAGGUGCAGAAGGCGCUGUCAUCGACGCGGUCGGAACCAUCAAACGCGUGUGCGCCUCGCUUGAUUCCGGACACCUCGCGUUAGCUGAUGCCGAUGCGCAACUAGCCGCCCCCGCGGCUCUGCUCGCCGCGGCAACGUUCCAGCACCAGCACGAGCUAGAAGCGGUCUACGACGUCGCGCGCGUACUCUGGAAUAUUUGUGUGUCGCGGACGAACGAGUUGUUAACUGACAUCACAUCUGAGCCUACAUGCCGGCUCUCCGAAAAGAAGGCAGCGGCGUCACAACUCAUGAACCUACGCGAGCACGCGUGCCAGCUUCUCGAGGCCAGCUUGCGCGGCGAACCGUUGAUACAGCCUCGAGAUGCGAACGUGGCGUUAUCGUUCCUAUCCAAGACCGCGAUUCUGAUCCACGAAGACGGAGACUUUGCGCGCGCCGAGACGGUCUUUGAGCGCGCCGUCUGUUACAUGAACAUCUUGCAGUCUGCGAUCGCUAACGAAGCGUCGAUGGAUGAUCUCGACGUGAACAAGACAAUAGCUAUGAUGUUUGACACUCAGGUGUCGCGGGCGAGUAACGCCAUUACCCUCGGGGAGAUCGAAAAGGGACUUCUUAUGCUCACCACUGCCGCUUCCCUUGCGGCGACCAAUUCUGCUGACGACAAAUUACGAACGGCACUUCUUUGCAAGCUCGUUCGUGUCCGUCUCCACAUUGGGAAGUUACUCUUAAAUCACGUGAAUGCCAGCGGAGAUCUCCUGGGCACCGCGAGGUCCGCUGCGGCAGUUUUGGAAGGUGCGUAUGAUAUUCUUACGACUCACCCUCAACUUUUACCUUCUUGGAUGUCCCACGAUGAGGCAACUGGCGACCCUGACGGCAUGGAUCUCGACCACGAAGUGUCGGACGAUUACGAUUCGCUGCAUGUAGACGUACUCCGCUUCGCUGCUUGCGCUAACGUGUAUGCAGAAAAUUACGCAGCCGGUAUCAGAGGUGUUGAGCUGUUGCGGAAGGGUCUCGAAAAAAAAAAAUCCCUCAUGACGCCGCAAUUGGAUUUCACACUGUCGUAUAUAAUGUACCUGGCAAAAGUCAGCACAGACGCGGUCACGGAGGCCUGUGAUUGCCUUAAAAUGAUGAUCGAAAACCCCGAAGCUAAGUUCGAGACUUGCCUCACUGCUAUGAACUCGCUCGUUCGCCGAGCUCCGGACACUGUGUGUGUGGACGUCGCGCAUCAGUUCCUUCGAAUCGUCUCGGAUUCCCAUCCAGAGCGCACCAUCGCUCGAGGCGGCUCAAUUAAAAUGCUAGAAACCUUUCUGGACGCGUCGAAAAACGCAGAUACCGCUGUUGAUACUGCGCUGAUCCUCCUUUCGGACGGUGUCGUGGAUAAGCUUUUAAGAGAGGACGCCGACAAGUCAAAACUACAGGUAUACAACCUUUUGUUCACGCAUGCAGCCGCGGCGUUUCAAUGCGAACGUUGGAUCGUGGCGGAUAAAUUGUUCCAAUGCUCCCUCGACUUCCAGGCUAGGGCUAAGUCGAAAUCGUCCCCGGACGAAUCAGAUCCAGGUCGGGCAAAACUGCUGCGUUGCCAAGCACGAUGCAAAAUAGAGUCUGGACUCGCGUUUGACGCUCUUGAGGUCAUCGAAACCGUGGAAGCUUUGGAGGCCUCGUCCCCGUCUCCUAGCACACUCCUCGUGAAAUUGAAAGCGCUCAUGCAUACAAAUGGUCACGAUUCUACACUCAUUCACACGCUAUUGAAUCAGCUGGCAUCGUUCCGAGACACGGACAUCCUGAUAAUCGCAGCGCAAGAAGCCGAGGCAGUUUCGAACCACGACAUCGCCGCGCGCGCGUUUUUCCAGCUGCUCGGCCACGUGACAGACCGCAAGGAAGACUCUCGCAAGUUGGAAAAUUUCGAGAUGCUCCUAUUUCGACUAGGCCUGUUCCACACGAUGGCGGCGAACGAAAGCACAAAGCACGAUGGCGGCGAGGAAAGCCACGCAGUGACGGUUGGAAAAAUCUUUCAGAAGCUUCUCGACUUUCUGAAAAGAAACAAAUCUGUUCCAGUAACGAAGGAAGACGGGGAAUAUUUCUCCGGCGUGGCGUGGAACGUCGGCCUGCUCGCGGCGAAACAAAAUGAAUUCACUCCAGCUGCCGUUUGCUUCUCUGCUUGCGCCCGUUUGAUCUCUUCAUUUGAAUGUCCUGACGACUUGAAGAAGGAUGCGAAUGACGCUUUUUCAUAUCAAGUUCGCAAGUGCAUGGCGAUGCUCUUGACCGGUGCUUCCCUCAUAGAGAUUUGCAAGACGCAAACGCGACCGGGAAAUGCUACUGCUGAUGCCACUGAGCUAAACACUCAAAAUCUGCGAGUGCAGGCCGGUGGUGCUCUGGCGAAACACGCCCAGCUGGUUGACGCAUUAGUCUCCGAGGCGAAUUUGAACGAGGAUGAGAAGGGCCUGUUGCUCGGUUUAGCAUCUCGUGGCCUCGUACUUAAACAUCUCUUGAGUGCGAUUUCUGGUUCCGGAAGCGAGGAACAACUUAAGCUUAUGCAGUCUGAUGGCUUAACGCCGAGUAAUAUCAUCACGAUGUCCGAUAAUAGUGCGAAGUAUGGGAACCCGGAAGCCGCCGCACGCGGGUAUGACCACGGCCUCACCAAGAUGCUCGCCGUUGGACAGAAGGCGGAUGCAGGAGUGAUCGCUAGCGUGAUACGACAUCGCAUCGAGAUUGAAGAAAAACGAACCGUUGUUACGACAGGAGCCGGUACUGGAGCCCAUGAACGCAUCCUCGAGCUGUUCGAUAACGCUGCUACGCACGUCAGUCUCCUCGCGGGAGAGUAUCCUGCUGACGAAGCAGCCUGGCUUGUAUGCACUAGCUACAAUCGUGGUGUCGCGCAUCACCGCAUGCGUCGAUACCACGAGGCUAUGUCGAUGUUCCAGGCUUCCUCGCGCUUACUUCCUCAAGCUUGCAGAGCCGACCCCACGCUGUCUCGUAUGAAAGGUCGCGUCGAGGAAGCUGUCAAGACAUGUGCGAACACUGGUUACAUCGCCGUCGCGUGA